UAGAAACGGUCAACUUUAGCGCUGUAUAUAGAAAAACAUUUUUAUAGUUCAAUUAUAAAAUAAAUGACUGAGUUGCAUCAGGCAGCAGCUGUUGGAGAUGUUGAUCUUGUGGAGGAAAUUAUAAAAAAGAAAUCAUGUGACCCCAAUCACAAAGACACAGACUGGAACCAGAAGACGGCGCUUCACUGGGCUGCAUCCAAAGGCAGGUCUUCAAACUUCAGACUUAAGCAUUUAUGCCAAACAGAGGUGGUUAGGAUACUGAUGGAGAAUGGAGCGAGGGCUUGUUUGAGGACUGACGAUGGAUGGACGCCCGCACACUUUGCAGCAGAGUCUGGAAGACUAGCAGUAUUGCGACUUCUGCAUUCCCUCCACGCCCCCAUAGACAAAGAGGAUUCAUCCGGGAACAAACCUGUCAGGAUUGCUGAAAUCUAUGGACAUGAAGACUGUGUUCAUUUUCUAAAAAAGGCAGAGGUUGAGAGCAGAAACUAUCAUCAGAUGGCAAAGUUAAACGGGCUGACUAUAGAUGACACUGAUGAGGAAUGGCAGCAGGAAAGAGAAGCUAAUAAAGCUGAAUAAACAAGUAAUAAAGAAGAUUUUUAUU